AUGUGCAUCUACUGGACAUGCAAGUACACACUGUGCGGCUGUAUAUGGGACAUGGAUCCAUCGAAAUGCCGAGACAAGCGGCUCUGCUGGGGUCGAAGAAUGAUAACACUCGAAUCCCACACAGCGACAUGCGGAGACUGUUGGGCGAGAGGGGACAAGCGUGUCUACGAACAACAAGCAUGUGACGAAGGUGACGGACAUGGGGAGGUAUCUAAAGGGGCGAUAUUAGAUUGCGAAAGCGACGCAGAUGGGAGCGCCAAUACUUCCGACGAUGAAGACUACUUUUCAGCUGAUGAGUUCCUGGCGCCAUCUCCAUAUUCGCGACCUGCGACCCCGCCACUAUACUAUGAGCAACAUUCAGCAAUGUAUCCCGUAUCUGAGGAUAACGAUUUCGAUUUGACUAGGGCCUGUGACCCGGUGGAUCUUGCGUCGAUGGGGAGGGACUAUCGAGCAAGGCGUCACAGGGCGGCCCCAUCCGAGUACUCGUCGGAUGGAACAGAUUAUUUUGUUUCUUGUGAAGAGUACCCCGAUGAAGAAUCUCCCGACGAGGAGAAGUUCAACGGUGAGAACGAUGAAGAUGAUCUCUACAAUAGUAUUGUGGUUCCCCCUGGUAGGCCUAAAGGCCUGAUCAAAAGCUUGGAAGAUCGAUCAUUGAGGUUAUAUGGCUCAGUGCAGGAGUACUACCCAACAGCAGAGUAG